AUGCUUCAACGCUUGAGGGCAAGCUGCCGUUGUCAAGAUUAUGCGGUUCUUGCUCUUUGGGUUUGCUUGGAGCGUCGUCAGUUCAAGCCUGUUGUUGGAAGCCCGCCUGUGUCUUCCGACAAGCUCUUGCCAGAGGAGCGGCGCGCCCGGCGCCUCAAUGAUUUGCUGGUGUCGAAGGAAAGAGUUAUCCUUUCUGCAGCCGGGGACGAUUCCGUGCCGGAGCUGCUCUUGGCACUGCGGCGUCAUGCCCCAGAGCUGGGUGCCGUGCACCGCGGAACGGCCUUGCACCGCCUUGCCAAGGCGGAGGAUGGAGCGACCUGGCUCCACUCCCCCGGCGUUGUGCAACUUAUCGAGGAGGUCGCAGCAGAGGCGUCUCCGCGGUACUUGGCGAAUGCGGCUCGGGCCUUGGGCGCCUCGGCGCUGCAGCACGAACCGCUGGCCGCGGUGACGGAGCUGGAUGUGCAGAACUCGUCCAACACGGUUCGGAGAUCUGCGACGCCACAGGCAGUUGACGCGCCUUCCUACCACAUGAUCGCAGCAGAGGCGAUCUGCCGCAUCCAUCACUUCAGCGCGCAGCCACCCUCAAACACAGCCCAAACCCUUGCGUCGAUCGAGUUGCUCCACCUUCCGCUGAUGCGAGCAGCCGUUAAGUCCGCGAUGAGAGGCUUGCCCAGGUGGCCGACCCAGGAGCUAGUGAACACUGUUCGAGCAGCAGGGCGGCUUCAGCUUUGCCACGAAGCCCUCGUCAGCGCUCUCUCGGCAGCUGCCCUGAAGCGUUUGCCCGGGCACGCAGCGCGUGAUCUCUCCAACACCUGCUGGAGGUCGGCUGUCCUGGCUCUCCAAGACCUGCCACCACUGGGAAGGGCGGUGAACAAGUUGCAUCGCGGAGACACGCAGGCCUUGUCCAACACGCUAUGGGCUUCCGGCACCAUGCAGAUGCUGCGCGAGCCGUCGACAGCUGCAGCAAGCCAGGAGGCUUUCCGGAGGCAAGACGAGCCAACAGCGCAAGACACUUCGAUUUUGAUGUGGUGCUCAGCGACUCCUUUCGUCAAAGAGGAAGCUCCAACUAGGCUGCCGGCAUCUUGUGCGGAGAGGAGAAUCGAAGGCCUCAGUCCACAGCAUCUGUCCAACGCUGCGCGGGCUGCGACCAUUCUGAGCUCCGCCGACGAGAGGCCAAUGGGCGUCUUCGCGACGGCCUGCAUGCACAGCAUCCGAGGACUGGAUGCACAAAACCUGGCGAACAGCAUGCGGGCUCUUGGCAAGUCCCAGUUGGGACCUGCGCCGUUCUCAUGGGCGACGGGACAGCGAGCCUUUGACGGCAUCACCGAGUUUGGGGCGCAGGAGUUGGCGAAUGCAGCAUGGUGGCUCAGCAGAGCAGCCUCCCUGCAUGAGGUGCUGAUGGAUGCUGUUGCUUCUGCGAGCAGCCAGAAGCGACGGCAACCGAGCGUUCAGGACACGACGAACAUACCGUGGAGGCCAGCGACAUUGUCGCCGCAUCAUGAUCAGGUAGUCCUCUUUGUCGAUGCAGAGGUGGCCAGGCGGCCGGAUGCCUUUUCAGAUGACGCCAGUGCCCCGAUGCUCGUGUGGACCAUGUGGAAGGCUGGCUUUCGCCAAGGACUCUGGCGCCUGUUCGAGUACUGGGCUGAGGGAUCAUUUGAGCAAGUUGAACCAUACGGUGUCUUCCUGAUGGACACCAUCUGGUGCAAGGACGUUGAAGCAGAAGCGUCUGUGCUACGCAGACUAUGCUCCUGGUUUCCUCUCCGCUGCCUGCAGAUGGAAGUGGCGCUUCUAGGCGAGCCGAUUGCAGUGCGGCGAGCACUCCAUCCAGCGCAUCAGAAGGUGGCCAAGCUUGUCGACUUCUUGGAGGCUUCCGUGCUCGAGGGGGAGCCGGAGGAGGUUCUGGCAGCUUGCGAAGACUUUGCCAAACACAAGGGGCAAUGGCUGAAGGUGGCCGGUGGAGACAAGGCCGACCUCUUGCAUGCCACACUGCAGCGUCCCUUGCAGAGUGGUCAGGCGGACCUCGUCGCCCUUGGGGAAUCACAGACGGUUACACCGACAAGAGCCUCCAAGUCGAGAGAUUUGCUGUCCUCACCACUCUCCGAGGUGGACUUAGGCCACGUACGUAUUGAAGCUGGCUAUGAUGAGCGCGAGUUGAACGAGGUACUGAGUUUCAAUGCAAGCAUAUACGAUCUUACAAUACAGUACUCCUGCCUGGCCUGCACAGGUUGUGGCGAGGGGCAGGAUGCCACCGUUUUGCUGAACCUCGUGUUGUUCUUGGGCCUGCAAGUGGGCAAUGUCUUCUUGCAGAUGUUCCUGCUCUUCGAAAUCGAGUUCCUAAUUGCGUUUCCAGCCAUGGAGCAUGCGCGGGACCUCUACGACCGUUUCACGGAUCACUGCUACGCGGAGGGCCUCAUGGAUUCCAGUGAGGACGUCGGCAUCCUCUUUCAGUCUUGGGAUGGCACAGCCAAAGCGGAGCUUUGCCAGUUUCCGCUGACGAACCCCACGUUUUUCUUCAUGGUGAUUCUGAUUUGGACCUUCUUCUUAGGGCACGAGCUCAAGCAGACGGUCUAUUUCUUCUGGCACACUCUUCGGCUUCAUCGGCCGACUGAGGGCUGUGUGUGCAUUGUCGAUCAUCAGGACCAGAGCCAGUUUGUUAUCACGCACAUGAGUGGACUUCUGAAGUUCUGGAUAGCACUCAUCGUGUUCCUCCCCAAGUUCAUCAUCGCGAUUGUGCUGUGGUACAUAGGUGCGCGUUGGUUGACAGCCACCCCUGGUGUAGACAACCUCAUGCUGAACUCGUUGGCGCUCACGUUCAUUUGUGAGCUGGACGAGCUGAUCUUUCGUACGUGCACCUCCGAGAACAUCAAGGCUUGCCUGGAGCGGACGAAGCUUCCAAUGGCCCCACUGCCAGCGGGACCUUCAAAGGCAGGUGCGAUUGAGACAGCAGUCACGGUCGUCGGCUGCUUUGCCUUGGCCUUCCUGUAUCUGACGCACUUCCAGACUGCAAUUCCAGAGUAUCGCUGGGAUCUUGCUGGUCUUUGCCGUGGUCACCACCGAACCGUCCUGAAUCUGAUGACAGGGCACCACGGAAAGCGGCACUGCAUGUUCUUGCAGCGACGGCUUGUGAAACAUGCGCAAGCUCGCAGUGCAGCGCACUCGAUAUUGGAGGAGCUGAUCCUUGAUGCCGUUGUCACAGAACUUGGGGCCUUCGUGGGCUAUUCUGCCGUGCGAUUCAGCAGCGCGUUGCGGAGGCGCCCGGGACAGAGCUCCUUGCGUCUAACCUCUUUGGAGGUGAACCCGCUGCACGUCUCUGUGGCCCGCUUUCUGCUGGACAUGGCAGGCCUCUCCCAGGUCGCAGAGGUCCGACCAGGCCAAGUCAAGGAUCUGGUGCCGCAGCUGGUGGAAGAGCUUGGCUUCCACAGCACAGGAGUUUGCUUCAUGGACCACCGUGGGACGAUCUUCCAUCAGGACUUCAAGCUGCUCCUGAGUCACAAGGUCUUGGGUGCUGAGGCACAGCUCGUGGCCGACAACACCCUAAAUCCUGGGGCGCCUCUCUUCCUCUGGGAGCGCUUCCAUGGACAUCACCACGGGCGAGUGCUUUCAACCACAUGCUGGUCUCUGACAGAGUUCCUCGCUGAGCACGAAGAUUGGACGUCUACUUCUGAAUGGAGACCUGCCCCGACAGAAAGACAACUUGGAUAG